AUGUUUCAGGUUUGGAAACUUAUUCUCUUGUGCAGCCGGCUCACUGGGACCUCAGCACCUCUUCUUGAGGAUCUCCACAAUGAUGUUGUGAGCAAGCUGAAAACUGUUCUCGAUAAAGGACUUGAGACCAUUGUUUCUACAACUAUCCUUCAGAAAUUGAAGGCCGACUUGGAGGCGCUCCAGAAAUCCACGUCUUGGCAGGAGGCCCAGCAGAAGAUCCAGGAAGCUGAGAACUUGUUAGACAAAGCCCUUUCUAAAAUUUUUCAAGUAGUGGAAAAUGUUAUGGGGUUGAAAAUCAGUAACGUCCACAUCCUAGAUAUCAAAUUCGAAGUGACUCCUGAUGGCAAAGGCGCUAGCCUGAGUAUCCCCAUCACCACUAACGUCACCCUGACCCUGCCUCUGUUGGGUGAGCUUGUCGACCUGGGCCUCAGCUUGGACCUCCAGACUAGUGUCAGCAUGGAAACUGAUGCCAAGACUGGUGUCUCCACAGUGAUCGUGGAAUAAUGCACCAACGAUCCAGCCAAAAUCUCACUCACCUUACCGGACAGCCCCAUUGGACUGGUCAAUGAAGCCAUGAACUCUGUGGUCAAAUGCGUGAGAAAGACGGUGUCCCUUGUGGUGCAGUAUGAGGUGAGUCCCCAACUCCUGCAGGCCCAGAGCUAG